GAGGCCGGAGGAAGGUCCCUUUCCCUUUAAAUGCAAAUCGCAGCCCCAGGGCUCCGGGAACACAGUUGGUCCAGCGGUCCUGGGGACGCAGCCGGGUGGCACCGAAGGCCGGAGGAGGUCCUCGCACAGGUGCUUCCCGCGUGGCUCUGGGAUGGAGGAGCGGAGGAAGAAGCGGAGCCCCAGAGGGCAGCUGGCACCCACCAGGGCAUCACGGCUUCUGCCCACCAGCAGGAGCGCAUCCUUCCCCCUGCCGCUGCCCGCCCUGCCCUCACAGCGUGCCAGGCCCCGGCGGGCGAGCAAGGAGAGGGUGAGGGCAGGGGCAGCGCGGGGGGCCCCACUGCAGCACAGCUUCCUCACCGAGGUCUCUGAUGUCUGUGAGAUGGAGGGCGGGCUGCUCGGCCUGCUCAGCGACUUCCACUCAGGCAAACUGCAGGCCUUUGGGAAGGAAUGCUCCUUCGAGCAGCUGGAGCACGUGCGUGAGAUGCAGGAGAAGCUGGCGCGGCUGCACUUCGGCCUGGAUGUGUGUGUGGAGGAGCUCCCGGAGGAGCAGAAGAAGCUGGUGGCCGACAGGAACCUGGACCAGCUGCUGGCACACGUGAGUGGCGUCUCCUCACCACGUGCCCGGCCCUGCAGCGCUGAUAGGCGCCUCAACCUCUGCCUUUGCCUUCUGCAGCUGGAGGAGCUCAGCAGCUCCAUUCAGAAGCUGCACCUGGCCGAGAGCCCCAGCCCUGAGGAGGCCGCGGCCUGACAACCGCCGGCUGCGGGGAGGCGGCCCCGCGGGAUGGGGAGGACGGGACGGCGGAGCCCCCCUGGCCCACCCUGCGGGGCCGACGGCGGUGACGCGCGGGUCACCGAGUUCCCCACACCCCCCUCAGCCGCCAU